CUCCUGGAAGUAUGAAGGAGAUGGUGGGAGGCUGCUGUGUGUGUUCCGACGAGCGCGGCUGGGCGGAGAACCCGCUCGUCUACUGCGACGGCCACGGCUGCAAUGUGGCCGUGCACCAAGCCUGCUAUGGGAUCGUGCAGGUUCCCACUGGGCCCUGGUUCUGCAGGAAAUGCGAAUCCCAGGAGCGCGCAGCCCGGGUGAGGUGCGAGCUGUGUCCCCACAAGGACGGGGCCCUGAAGCGCACGGACAACGGCGGCUGGGCCCACGUGGUGUGUGCCCUGUACAUCCCCGAGGUGCAGUUCGCCAACGUGCUGACCAUGGAGCCCAUCGUGCUCCAGUACGUCCCCCACGACCGCUUCAACAAGACCUGCUACAUCUGCGAGGAGCAAGGGCGGGAGAGCAAAGCGGCCUCGGGGGCCUGCAUGGCCUGCAACCGGCACGGCUGCCGCCAGGCCUUCCACGUCACCUGUGCGCAGAUGGCCGGGCUGCUGUGCGAGGAGGAGGUGCUGGAGGUUGACAACGUCAAAUACUGCGGCUACUGCAAAUACCACUUCAGCAAAAUGGUGAACCUCUCGCAUUCCGGGGGCAGCUCCUUCCUCCCGGGCCGGAGGAGCCGCUCGGCCUCGCCGCCCCAGGAAAAGCACCUGGCCCACCACGAGCGGCCAAAGAAGAGCCGCAAGGACAAGGAGAGGCCGAAGCAGAAGCACAAAAAGCGUCCGGAGUCCCCCGGCAGCCUCGCCCCGGUGCCCGGCGCCGCCGAGAAGGGCUCCAGUGGCCACCACGAGGCCACCAAGGACAGCUCGGAAGUGGCCAGGGCAGAGGCCAAGGGCAGGAAAUCCUCGAGCCACGGCAGCAGCCACAAGGGGAAGAAGACGGGAAGCGGGAAAAGCUCCGGAGGCUUUGGAGCGGCCACGCCUGGAGGAACCUUCCAGACGGCGGGCUCCUCCUGCGGCCUGCCCGGCUCCCAGGACUUCGCCCCCUUCCCCAAGCUGGAGCAGGAGGACGAGAAGUUCCGCAAGGCCGCCAGCUCCAGCUCGUCCUCGCACUGCUCCCCGCUCUCCGAGGGCCCCAAGGCCGAUGUCUUCGAGCAGAAGGUCAUCUUCUCCGGCUUCGGCUCCAUCAUGCGCUUCUCCACCUCGUCCGUGGGCCCGCCGCGGCCCCGCGACGUCUCCCCCGUGGACUACAAAGCCUCUGGCGCUCUUGGUGGCCCUUCGGGUGGCACGGGUGGCACCGCCGGCGCCGCCGGGAGCGGCCACAAGCGGAUGCCGUCGCUGGGCGCCGAGGAGGGAGAGGUGCUCAAGGAGAAGAAGCACAAGGGCAGCAAGAAGAACAAGCACGGCCCCGGCAGGCCCAAGGCGGGCAAAGGCAAAGAGGUUUUGGGGGCCCAGCUGGCUGGGUCCACCUCCACCUCCUCCUCUCCCUUCUCCGGGGGAUCCCUCGUCAGCUCCAGCGUCGGGAAUUCUUCCCGGAGCUUCGGCCACCAUGGGAGCCUGCCCAGCCUCAGCAUGGAGUCGCCGCUGCUGGGCUCAGGGAUCUACACCAGCAACAAGGACCCGAUCCCGCUGGGCGCGGCGCUGCGGGCGGUGUGCAGCACGCCGCUGCCCUCGGGGCUGCUCCCGCACCAGGGCGGCGCCGCCCUGCCCCAGCUCAGCCGCUCGCCCUUCGCCAGCUCCCUGCCCUCCUCCUCCUCCUCCGCCGGCUCCACCACACAGGUGUUUUCCCUGGCGGGUUCCACCUUCAGCCUCCCUUCCUCACACAUUUUCGGGAGCCCGCUGACAUCCGGGCUGUCCCUGAACCCCCUCCUGAGCCAGCCGGAGAGCAGCCGGGCAGAGCCCGACCUGGAGGAUUGUGGCUUCGGCUGCCGAGGGACGUCCCCGCAGGAGAGCCUGUCCUCCAUGUCCCCCAUCAGCAGCCUGCCAACCCUCUUCGACCAGACCGUGUCGUGCAGCAGCAGCGGGCAGCUGGACAAUGUCCCGCAGGCCACCCCCAACAUCGAGCAGCUCCUGGAGAAGCAGGGCAACGGCGAGGCCGGGGUGAACAUUGUGGAGAUGCUGAAGGCGCUGCACUCGCUGCAGAAGGAGAACCAGCGGCUGCAGGAACAGAUCAUGACGCUGACGGCCAAGAAGGAGCGGCUGCAGCUGCUCAAUGUCCAGCUGUCCGUCCCCUUCCCCGUGGUCACCAGCAGCAACGGCCCGGGCAGCCAGGCCCAGUACAUCCUGCCCGCCAACGUCUGCGCCGGUGACUCCCUGGGCAUCAGCAAGAGCCCCCCGUGCAAGAACAGCUUCGGCAUCGAGAACUCGCUCUCCACGUCCUCCGAGGACCCUCACUCGGGCUGUCCCAGCAGGAGCAGCUCCUCCCUGUCCUUCCACAGCACCCCCCCGCCCCUGCCCAUGCUGCAGCCCAGCCCCGCCUCGCUGCCCCUGCCCGGGGCGCAGCAGGUGAACGGCCUGGCCAGGGUGGCAGGCGGGGGGCUGGCCGGAGCCUCGGGGGCCAGCCACGGCCUCUCGACGGUGCCCAUGGUGGACGGCCUGCUGGGCAGCCUGGCCGGAGCCCAGCAGAUGCCCCUCAACGGGAUCCUGGGGAGCCUGAACGGAGCGCAGCCCGCGCAGCCCCCGAGCGCGCUACCGCAGGCCGGCGGGCCCCCGGCGCUGCAGCUCUCCGGCAGCCUGAGCAGCCUGAGCCCCCUGACGGAGCAGCAGCGGCACGUCCUGCAGCAGCACGAGCAGCAGCUGCAGCAGCUGCAGCAGCUCCUGACUUCCCAGCCGCUUAACCCGGAGCAGCAGGCGCUGGUGUUCCAGAUGAUGCAGCAGAUCCAGCAGAAGCGGGAGCUGCAGCGGCUGCAGAUGUCGGGCUCGUCGCCGCUGUCCCUGCUGGCCGCUACCUCGGCCCCGCUGCACGCCAGCCCCAGCGCGCUGCUGACCUCGGCCGCGCCCAGCGGGGGCUCCCUGCUGGCCUCGCUGUCCCCGCAGCAGCUGAACCCCGGUGGGGCCCUGCUGGCCCCCCAGGCCACCCCCCCGCUGGCCUCGGGGCCGCCCAUGGCCCCCAACCCCUUCCUGAGCCUGCAGCCCGAUGGCGGCGCCCCCAAAGGAACGCCGCUGGGUGACAAGGGCACUCCCCUGGCGCAGGACAAGGGCUAGGAGCCCCCGGCGCCGAGCCUGCAGCCAACCCCUCCCGAGGAGCGGCCCAGGAGGAGCCCCGGGAGCCGUCCCCGAGCCCUGGUGCCACCAGGAGCCCCGGUGGGGUCACCUGUCCCCUGCUCCACGUGCCCGGGGGGCCCCAGCGGAUCCUGCCGGGAGCGUGGGGAGACCCCGAGACCCCCAGGUCCUUGGGGAAGGACGUGGUGGCACCUGGAGGUGCCCAAGGAUGUGACCCUGGAUGUGGCACUGCCCGGGGAGGACGUGGUGGCACCUGGAGGUGUCCCAAGAGCCAGCACUGGAUGUGGCACUGCUGGAGAAGGGAUGUGGUGGCACCUGGAGGUGCCCAAGGAUGUGACCCUGGAUGUGGCACUGCUGAAGAAGGGACAUGGUGGCACCUGGAGGUGCCCGAGGAUGUGACCCUGGAUGUGGCACUGCCCGGGGAGGACGUGGUGGCCGUGCCCAGGUGGGGACGUCUAGAAGAAUUCCCAAGCUGAGGUUUCCCUGCUUCUCCCACUGGGCUUUGCUCCAGCUGGAGGCCGAUCCAGCCUGGAAGGACAGACGGAUGAGGAUGGACAGAGGUGGGCAGGAGGUGGCACCACCUGGGAGGACAUUGUCACCUGUGCCAGCUGUGAGGACACUGUCACCUGUGCCAGCUGCCAGAGGGGCAGGGCUGCCCUUCCGGCCUGGAAUUCCCAAAGGUCUCAGCUGGAGAAGGGGCCACAGCCAGGGUUGUCCAACAUCAGAAGGAGCUCCCGGACCUGAGAGAGGAUUCCUGGACCAGAGUUUGGAGAUGGAAAUCUUUGUGGGGAGGAGAAUCCCAAAUCCCAAAUCUGCGUUUUCUCACCCGCCACAAAUCAUUCCCACAAAACCACGUUCUUCCACUGGCCCUGGGAAGAGGGAUCUCCAAGGAAUGGGACAGUGACCACAGUCCUGAGCCUGGGAUGGCAGAACUUCCAUCAUUCUCCACCUUCUGACCUUGAUUCCAUCCUCAGCCUGGAAUAUCCACCGGGAAUCGACUUCCUCUGAGCGGGGAUGGA